AUGUUGACCACUAUUAGAAAUAAGGCGCUUAAUUUCGCCGAUGUCGUUAUGAGGGUUCCACCGCUUUUCAUUAUCGACGAACUGCUCAGGAUCGGCCUUGGCUUGCCCGGCGAAAACAUAGUCCUUGAAGACGUCAACAAUGAAUUCAAAGUCGUCAGCGUUCCUGAUUCCAUUGUUGGUUCGCUGGUUGGCAUUACACCCGAGGUCGGUUUGCUCCACCAGCUAAACUUGAGUCAGCACAUCUACCAGUCGUACUUACUCACGCUCUUUAAAUUCAUCUUGUGCUGUUUAGCAUGCGAGGCAGCACUUUGCGGCAUUAUGCUGCAAAAGAAACACCUCGUCGUCGUUUACCUCUACCUGAUAUCGGUCGGUGUGAUAUUCGUGUCAUAUUGGUCGAACGUCAGCACCAUGAAGGCGGUCAUCUGGUACGCCACCGCAAAUGAGACAGCGACGAGUAUCCUGGACGAUGUGCUGUGUCUGGAUAUACCCAAGGUGCUGAAUCCUGACGGACCGGGAGUCGUUGUCAUCCGGAACUACAUCCUCCAGUGCACUCUCGCCCUUAUCUUCUGCUACGUUCACCUUGCUCCGAGAUUUUCCAUUAUACAGAAGUCUCUCGUCUUCAGUUUCAUGGCUCCUUCCAUAUUCGCAGUUCUUCCGAUACCUAUUACAGUUCUGAACCAUGCUCCAGUCUUCGCAACCCUGCUUCCGCUCGCAGUGUCAAAGUUCGUAAUUUGGUACAACUCGGUGGCGAUGGGUCGCAUCAUAUACUCAGGUUACCAGCACGCUCGAACGUUUAUCAGCAGCUACGGUCUCUCGGCGUUGGUGGAGGCGGAAUGGAGUCGGCUGAACGUGCCCUGCGUUCUGCGGAUUUUCUGGAUCCUCAGAGUGGGCGAGCAAGUUAUACAAAUAAUGGGAAACCACUACGGGGAAGAUACGUUCACGUAUUACGUGAUGGUCAGGACUCUGUUGAUAAACGGCUGCGAGACGCUUACAGCUGUUCUAGGAAUGACGAGCGUGAUAUCGUUCAUCUGCCACUACAUCGGUUGCUUCUUCCAAUGGAUAUUACUUAACGAUGACGAGGAGGACAGCAAGAGCAUCGGAACGGUGUCGGCGAUUCUUUUCUACAUCCUGGCUCUCCAAACAGGAUUGACCAGUCUGGACAGAGAAAUGCGGUUGGUAAGAUUGUGCCGAAACUUUUGCCUCCUGUUCACAGCGCUUCUCCACUUUGUUCACAAUAUAGUCAAUCCUCUACUGAUGUCGCUGAGCGCGUCGCACAAUCCCGCUCUUCACAGGCACUUCCGAGCACUGUUGGUCUGUGCCUUUCUGAUUAUGUUUCCGGUUUAUCUCCUCGUAUUGCUGUGGUCGCAAUACUCGGUCAGCACUUGGCUGCUCGCUGUCUCGGCUUUUAGCAUAGAGGUUAUAGUAAAAGUCCUCGUAUCGCUGGCGAUAUACUCGCUGUUCCUUUACGACGCGUGCCGUCACACGUUCUGGGAACAAUUGGACGACUACGUUUACUACAUACGCGCCUUCGGUAACACCGUGGAAUUUGCAUUCGGGAUCUUUCUGUUCUUCAACGGCCUAUGGAUCCUCGUGUACGAGUCGGGCGGACUAAUAAGAGCAGUCAUGAUGUGUGUGCACGCCUACUUCAACAUAUGGUGCGAAGCGAAGGCCGGAUGGAGCGUAUUCAUGAAGAGGAGAACGGCUGUGAACAAGAUAAACUCGCUGCCAGAGGCGAGGACCGAGCAGCUUAUGCAGCUCGACGACGUUUGCGCUAUUUGCUACCAGGAAAUGUCAAGCGCUAAAAUAACCAGGUGCAAUCACUACUUCCACGGCGUUUGUCUAAGGAAGUGGUUGUACGUUCAGGAUCGCUGUCCGCUGUGCCAUGAUAUUUUGUACAAAGUUGACAGUCCGCACGACAGCAAAGACAAUGUCUCUGCUCUCACUGAUCAGGAGAGGCGAAACGAAGAUGAAAUCGACGAGUUGUACCAGAACCAGGGACUGCAGAGGAACGGAUUGCGAAGUCCGAACUAUAGACGAUACGUUGAACAGCUUAACGAAGACAGGUGAAGCUUAACGUCUAGCUAUAUUGUGAUAUAAUUAUUAUAAAAAAUAAAUUAUAUUGUUAUUUCAUGUUAUACAAUGGAGUUUCAUAUUGUCACACUGUGCGAGGGUAUCGUUUCAAAGUCCAAGUGUAAUUUGACCAAGGCUACUGUUCUUUUCAUCCUUCUUUCUUAUUGUUUCUUUUACUAUAUUUAAUUUUUUGUUUUUUUUCUUCCCCUCUGUUCCGUUCCUCAGAAUCAACAAUCGAUGUGCAAGUUUAUUAUUAUUAUUAUUAUUAUUGUUGUAUUGUUAUUAAUAUUAUUACUAUUAUUAGACACGUUUCGUAUCACACUUUAUCAUACUUCCGGGUUUAGAUAGAUGGAUAAUUCGCCAUGUCCAUACAUUUUAAGCUCUUGUAUGUCAUACAAUCCUACCAAAUCGAAGAAGAAAAAAAAUACGAAAAAUACCGUUAAAAAUAGAAAACUAGCGACGAAAGAAAGGAAAACAAGAAACGAAGAAAAUGAAACAAUUUAUUAUUUAUGUAACUGUAAGGUAGGUAAAUAGAGAUAAUAACGACGAUAGAAAUUAUAGGAACUAACUUCCACAUAUUUUAUAUCAUGUAUAUUAUGUAUAUUAUCAUCGUCAUCAUUAUUAUUAUUAUUAUUAUUAUAUACUUAUAUAAAAAUAAUAAUUAUAAUGAUAACAAUUUAGAAAUCUAUCCAAUACUUUAUUACAAAUGUAAGCCGCUAUACAUGUACGUCAAUUAUUAAUUUGGAUUAAUUAUUCUGUGAUCGUAUAGUAUCGCCUUAAUUAUAUUAUGUAUAACAUGAGCUUACAUUUCUAUACAAUUGCUACUUACAUGUGUCUCUCUCUCUCUCUCUCAAUCCGUAAUUUCUCUCGCGGUACUUCCUAAAUUACGAAAAUGGAAUUUUUCUGUAAAAAAAGAAAAGUUUCAACGUUUUUUUUUUUUCUAUACUUUUCUUAUAUCGUAGUAAAUAUUCUUGUAGGAACAAUACUUACCUCGCUUUACUUUAAAACGCGAUUUGCGUCUUUAUUUCAUUCUUUUUUACACUAAACUAAGACGAUAAUUAGUUUUCUUCCUUUUUACUCAUACCAAAUCUUCGUCGGUAGCCCAUAUAAUGUACGUAUAAAUGAUUAUUCCUUGAUCGAUUAACGGGAAUGAACCACGAUGUUGUUGGAAAAAAAUAAUAAUUUACUUUACAUGUUACGUUCUACCUACUUGUCAUCGAUGAAUUAAUUUACGUAUCUAAUACAGAAUGACCGAUGAGGUAAGGAAAGAAAAUGCAAUGAGUAACGAUAAAACGACCAAAAAGAAGAGAGAACGAGAAAUGUGAAACGAGUGAAACAACACAGUGUGAAAUGUUAAAGACAAAAAAAAAAAAAACAAAAAUUAAAACCAAUCGAAAAGAAAUUCGUACCGCAACACGAUACGUAUUAUUACGUGUGUUUUAAUCUCCGUAUAAACACACGUUUCACCUGUAUUUGUGUAUUCAUUUAAAUACAACAAGUGCAGCAAAUAUACGUAUAAUGUAUAAUGUGUAAAGUUUAAUUUUUGAUGGGUAUUCGUAUGUGUAUAUAUAUACUAAGCACAAAAAAAAAAAAAAUUCAACACCAAAAAAACAAAAAUACGAGUAUUAUUAACCGGUGGUUGUAAAUAACCAAUAGGUAUGUAUAGA